UCAAUCUCAGUUUCUCUCAAAUCAACAGAUAGUUGAACCUAUACCUGUGCUACUUAAACAUUUAAAUGUAUAUAAACAUUAAAAAUUCGUUAAAAAUACAAUAACAGUGCUUUAAAUGGUUGACAAACACUCUUCCUCUAACAUAACCUAAUAUGAACCUAUUUUACGCGAUUCUCACAGUCCAGUUAUCAAAUUUUGCCACCUGUUUUGAGUUCGGCUCUGUAUGGAACAACUUAAAACACACCGCGUCUUGCAAAGUGUUAGGGACCUGUUGCAACGAGUAUUAUAUACCCCAAGACUUCGACGGUCUCAGAUAUUCGUUAAAAACGAGAGUUUACGGUCAGCCACUAGUCGAAGAGGCGGUUGAUGCUUUGGUCGCGCACUGGAGCCACGAGCCCAAGAAGGCUCUGACUUUAAGUUUCCAUGGUUGGCCUGGUGGAGGCAAGAAUUAUGUGUCCAGCUUCAUAGCCGACCACCUGUAUUAUAAAGGGUCAAAGAGCCAAUUCGUUCAUCACUUCAAUGGCAGGCUUCACUUUCCUAGGGAGGAUAUGAUACUCAAUUAUAAGGAAGACCUAAGGGAAUGGUUGAAAGGGAAUGUGACUAAAUGUGAAAAGCAAUUAUUCAUUUUUGAUGAAGUAGAUAAAAUGCCAUCACAAGUCUUAAAUAUUAUCAAACCAAUGAUAGACUAUAAGGAAGUAGUAGAUGGAGUUGAUUUUAGACAUUCAAUAUUUAUUUUCUUAUCAAAUACUGGUGAAACAGUCAUUAAUCAAAAGUAUGUUGAGUUGUGGAAGAGUGGAAAAAUAAGAGAGGAAAUUAAAUUAAGUGAUUUUGAAAGUAUCAUAAUGAAAGGUGCUUUCAAUGAAAAAGGUGGUUUCCAUCAAUCUGAUGUAAUAAAAAGCAAUUUAAUAGACAGCUAUAUUCCGUUUCUACCGCUUGAAAAGCCUCAUGUUAAACUGUGCAUUCUCGACGAAUUUCGAUUGAGGAAUGUUACCAAUCCAGAAACACAUCAUGUGGAUGAAAUUAUGGAGUUUAUCGAGUGGGGUCCAAGCAAUCUGGAACUGUUCUCAAAAACAGGCUGCAAAAGAGUGAGUCAAAAAGUUGGAAUUGCAGUGAGUAAGCAUUACGACAAAACAGGAAAAUGUAAAUCAUGUAAAGAUGAAUUGUGAUUUCUUACCUGAAUUUUUAUUAUGUAAUUUUAUAUCAGUGUGCACACCACAUGUGAUACUCCAAGCUGACCUUUUUAUACUGUUUAGUUCUAUUAAGUGUAAAACUAUUUAAUAUAUUGAUUUAUUAUUAUA